AUGAAACCAGAAACUAAGAAAACAGAACAGACGCAAUCCUCAGAACUCAAAGACCUUUCUCCUCCACCUCUUCCUCUUCGAUACAAAACAUGCAACUUGAGAGUUUCAAUUCACUGUGAAGGCUGCAAGAAAAAAGUGAAAAAAAUUCUUACCACCAUUGAAGGUGUUUAUAGAGUGGACAUUGAUGUGAAGCAGAAUAAGGUAACGGUGAUGGGAAUCGCCGCACCGGAGAUUCUGUUAAGGAAGCUUCUCAAGGCUGGUAAAAACGCCGAUUUGUUGCCGGAGAUACUCGACCCGGUAGUGAACAAACCCGUUGACCCGAAAGAGAACAAAUCCGUAGGCGUAGACCCGAAAGAGAAGAAAAAGAAGAAGAAAGAAGAAAAACCGGAAAUAACCGAUGCAGCUACCUCUUCCGAUUCUGGUAAACCGGAAUCUGAAAAAUCAGACACCGCCGGAGAGUGUGGUUCCGGCGACGGUGGUAAAACUUCUGAUCCGGUGAAAGAAGAGAAAGAAGACGUUAUCAAGAAGAAAGAUUCUGUUCCGGUAGAUUCUCCAUCACCUUUACCGGCUGAAACUACGACACCGGCAACGGCGGCGGCGGCGGCGGGAGAGAAGAAAGCUGAAGAGAGCAGUGGCAAUAUUGGUAAAAAGAAGAAAAAGAAGGGGCAAAAAGUGAACACUAUUGCUAACAAUCCUAACGGUGGACCUGUCCGUAGUCAAUCACUUCCUCCACCCAUUACUACUCCUGAAGCAGAUCACGACCGUCCAUUCAGUCAAAACGAUGGUCAGCAUCAAAUUCUAACCAACAACAAUCCGCCACGUCACGAUGCGUAUCCUUAUCCGCCACCAAACUAUUAUGCGCCGCAAGUGAUGUACGGCGUAAGUUAUAACGUUGCGCAACCUCCUUUGAGCGUAGACGCUGCGUCGUAUUAUACGCCUCCGCCACCGUAUUCGUACGCGUAUAUGCACCCAGGAUAUCUACCGUCCGAUCAAAACCCUUAUCCAUCUCGACCGUCCGAUUCGUUUGAGUUAUUUAGCGAUGAGAAUCCAAACGGUUGUUCAGUAAUGUGA